UCUCCUGACCCAACGCGCGCGGCUAUAAACCCUCCGAUCCUAUAGUGCCACACGGCUGUGCCCUAGAGUAGUAGAGAGCCACCGCCGACGCCUCACACUUAUAACCCCUUCGCCGGCGUCUCACACGCGUCCAUUCCAGUCCAGUGGGCUCUUGCACAUUCUGGUUUUUGAGGGGGGCGAGGACGGGCGCUCGGAUCCAAUCCAUGUCCAGGUCUGGUGAGCGGCAAUGGAGCCCGCGGAGUUAGCCAAGAUCAUCUUCUCCAAGGUGCAGAGCGUGGAUCCGGACAACGUGUGCAAGAUCGUGGGAUGCAUCCUGCUGCGCGAGCCCGACGAGAACGAGAUGGUGCACCUCGCCUACGGCACCGAAGCGUCGCUGCACAAUACCAUCCGCGAGGCCAAGAACACGCUCACCGCCAUCUACGCCCGCUGCUCCGCCUCCCCCGUCGUCGGCUACCACCACCAGCAGGUGUGCUCCCACCCUGCCGCCGUCCGUCACUUCUCCCCCGCCGCUGCCGCCGCCUACAGCGUCCAGUACUGGGACUCUCCGCCACAGGCGGCCACGGAGAAGGAGUACGCCUUCGUCGACACCGAAACCCACUACGGGCUGCGCGGCGGUGACCAGCAGCACCCGCUCGUCGACGACCACCUCGACGGCGGUGGGUACUACUUCCCUCAGGACGCGUUCCACAAUGGCGCCGCCGGACCGAGGGCAGCGGCCGGCCGGCGGUCGAACGCGGUGUCGUCCAGACGUCCCUGCCACUACUUCUUCAAGGGCGUCUGCAAGAACGGCCAGAACUGCCACUACUCGCACCACCAGGUGUACUCCCCUGACGGGUCGUUCGCCCUGGACCUCCACGGCGGGACAACGCCAGGAUCCUUAGAGAGGCUGGAGGUGGAGAUCACAGAACUGCUGCACUCGAGGCGGGGGCAGCCGGUGUCCAUCGCCUCGCUGCCCACGCUCUACGGCGAGAAGUACGGCAAGGGCCUCCAGGCCGACGGCUACCUGACCGAGAGCCAGCGGCACGGCAAGGCUGGAUACAGCCUCACCAAGCUGCUCUCCCGCCUCAACAAGAUCAGGGUCAUAGAAAGGCCGCACGGGCAGCACUCGGUGGUUCUCGCCGAGGACGCCGCCAAGUACACGGAUUGCCGGAGCGACAGGGGAGGUGACUUGCCGGCCAGCUCGCACCAGAUAUACCUCACGUUCCCUUCCGACAGCAACUUCACCGAGGACGACGUUGCCAAUUAUUUUGGGCAGUAUGGUCCGGUGCGUGAUGUGAGGAUCCCAUGCCAAGACCAGCGAAUGUUCGGGUUCGUGAGCUUCCAGAACCCGGAGACGGUGACGGCCCUCCUAAUGCGGCGCAACCCGCAUUUCAUCUGUGGAUCGCGGGUCCUCGCCAAAGCCUACAGGGAGAAAACCAAAUGCAUUAGUGACAGGACCAAUUGCAAUAAGCCGACGAUGCAUUACUAUCCUCCACGCUGGAUUGACACAGAUCCAGACUUCUAUCCAGAGUAUGAUUCUCCAAGGCUGGCGAGGAGGCAACUGGUGGAGAUGAAGCGCGACAGGCACCUGUUGGAGCUGGAGAGGAGGCACUUCGCUGGGCUCCGUGUAGAGCCGCAGUGCGCCUACUUCGACUGUAACAUCGGGGACGUCGAUCCAUUCACUUCCCAGUCCGCAGGUUCCAAAGAAGUGGAGCGGAUGGAUCCCCUCGACACGCCUGAUCCACUCGAUGAUAUCGUCUCAACAAGCCAGGCCCCUCCCAUACAGGCAACCAACAACUACCAAGACCAAGAAAGUAACCAGAUUGAACUCCUCCCAGAAAGCCCAUUUGCCUCGUCGGCGCCUGCUGGAAAUGGCAUAUAAACAGGCA